GGCACCUGCCUUGCUCUGCGGCUCCAGGCCACGGCGACCGGGGCCCCUCGCUGCACCCGCCGGCGCUGAAGCUGAAGCGCGCCCUGGCAUGGAGAGGCAGGCUCCCGGAAGCCGUCCGUAGCUCUGUCAUGUCCCAGCGGCAUUCCGACACCUCCUUGGCGGACGAGGCCCUUCUGCUGGGGCGCCGGCUUACCUCCGAGUUACGGAUCAGCACCGCUGCGGUGCCCCCACAGGGAGAGCAGAGCGCCAUGGCAGCCCUGGAUAACCCCACCUUUUCAGAUGACCUCUCCCCGUCUCCCACCGGGCCACGCCGGAUCGUCCUCAGCACCGAGAGCCCGGUGGUAGCUCUGAAGGUGGGCACCCAGCAGCUCAUCCCCAAAAGCCUGGCGGAGUCUCCCCGAGCCAAGCCCCCCUCCCGGCACCAGAGCUUCUCAGCCGUGGCCCUGACCAAAGAGACCCCCCGAUGCGACCCCAAGCGCUUGUCGGCCCCCAGCAUUUCUUUCGAGGAGCUGGAGGAGGAGCUGGGCGGGGGGACGCUGAAACGCAACCUCCGCAACAUGUCCUACCGGGCGGCCAUGAAGGGCUUCGGGAAUGCGGAAGCGCCGGAGACGCCCAAAUUCAGCGCCACCCUGAAGCCGCUCUCGGAAGAAGCCAACGGACAAAAAGCCCGGAGCCCUGCCAGAAAUAAGAGAACCUUUGGGCGCAAGCGGAUGCACCGGCAUGGAGGCUCUUUCAAGGAUGACCCCCGCCUGUAUCAAGAGAUCCGAGAGAGAGGCUUGAACUCCACCUGUCACGAGUCGGAUGACGACCUGCUGGAGGUGGACACCAUCCCCGAGGAGUCCCCCGCCGCAGACUCCGUCAUCAUGGUGAAGAACUACCGGCCUGCCCACCUCACCUGGAGCCAACUCCCCGAGGUGCAGGAAGCGGGCAUCUUGGAGCUGAUCUCCCCUGAAGAGCGCAAGAGACAAGAGGCCAUGUUUGAGAUCAUCACGUCCGAGUAUACCUACAUGCGCAGCCUGGACAUUCUGGUGACCCAGUUCCUGAAGUCCGAGGAGCUCAAGGAGACGAUGACGCAGACGGAGCACCACCACCUCUUCUCCAACGUUGGGGACAUCCUGGCCGCCAGCAAGAGUUUUUUUGAGGACUUGGAAAAGAGACACCAGGAGCACCUCCUGAUCCCGGAUAUCAGUGACAUCGUGGAGGAUCGGGCAAACUUCCACUUCCAUCCCUACGUCAUCUACUGUUCCAACGAGGUCUACCAGCAGAGGACCCUGCAGAAGCUGCUGACCACCAACCCUGCCUUUAAAGACACGCUGAAACAAAUCGAGCGGAAGCCAGAGUGCGGCAGCCUGCCCUUGAUCUCCUUCCUCAUCCUCCCCAUGCAGAGGGUGACCCGCUUGCCUCUCCUGAUGGACACGGUCUGUCAGAAAACUCGGAUGGGCAGCCCAGCUUACGACGCUGCCACGAGGGCGCUGAAGGCCAUAAGCAAG